AGAGCUCAAGGUGUAACAUAUCAAAAAUAAAAGCACUUCACACAUAGAAAAAAGACACCAUGAGAUUCUUUAUACUGACUGUCGCUUGCCUAGUGGCUCUGGCCUCGGCCGAUGUGUCGCAUUUACUAGCGGAGGAGAUCCUCGGCGAUGAGCAUGCAGAGCAUGGAUAUGGCUAUGAUUACCCGAAGCCAGUUGUGCCGUUCGUAAUAGCCAGCACCACUACCACAGAGGCUCCAACACCAGCUCCAACAUACCUGCCACCUCCGCCACCACCACCGAGACCAGUGCCCACUUAUCUGCCCCCUUUGCCAACAACAACAACUACAACGACCACAACAACCACCACUACCCCAGCACCCAAGCCAGUGCCAACAUAUCUGCCUCCUCCACCACCGACAACAACAACAACAACAACGACAACAACAACACCUCCUCCAACGCCAGCUCCCACUUAUUUACCCCCAGUACCUACAUAUCUGCCUCCUGUAGAACCCAUUGUGGUCGAAGAACCCAAAGAGGAAGUCGAUCAUGGAUAUCAUUAUGAAGCGCCAGCGAAGGCAUUUGUAUUCUAAAGAUUUGAGAGGAAGAAAGUUUUCUCCAUAUCCCAUCUGUGACUGUUGACCCGGACUUUUGUUGGCUCUUAUCUCGUUGAUAGG